AUGAGUGGACUUCGAAACAAUUUCCAGCCUGUCUUGGCUGAAGAUGCCCCAAGGUCGCAGAACAAUGUCGAACGCAGAGAUUCCGGGCCAUUGAAGGAUAUUAUUGCUCAACAGGACAGUCUUUACAAGUACAUCAGCUGGGAGGAUCCCGCACGAACUAUCGGAUCUUACUUCGCAGCCUUGGGCUUUAUGCUCGCCGUCCACCAUAUGCACCUCACCCAACUGGUUCUCAAGACUAUGGCAAUUGGCCUUGGAGUCAUGUCCAUGGCCGAAUUCGCUGGUCGUUCCUUUGGUCCCAACAACUUCGUUUCUCGCAUGCGACCCCGACAGUACAAGACUGUUCCAGAAUCGACUCUCAACGCCACCCUCAAGGAUAUCCACGACUUUAUUCAGUAUGCUGUCGUGCAAGCCCAGAAGGUUAUCUUCGCUGAAGACCUGGAGAAGACCUUUGGUGCAUUCGUUGCAACUGGAUCGCUUUACUUCCUCAUCCAAUUCAUGACACCAUUUGGCAUCGCUAUCCUUGGUCUCACCACCAUCUACAUCAUCCCUCUUGUCACCUCCCCGCGAGGACGAGGCAUCGCCCGUGAUGGCAUGGCUCGUGCUCAAGAGAUCAGCAAUGCAGCUGUUGACCAAGCCAACUCUAUCGCUCAAGACCCUAAGGGCACCAUGGCCAAUAUUUCUUCCAUGGCCCAAGAUACCGCUGGUAACUUGAGACAACGCGCUGUCAACAUGGUUCCUGGUUCAAAGCAGACUGAGAACCGAGCUGAUGUUACUUCAACCGUUGCUCACAACUCGUCUGGACCCACUCAGGCUAGAGACAUUUCCUCCAAGUUCCCUCAGGAGGAUUCCAAGUCCUCUGAGCAGUCGAAGCAUUCUGCAUCCAUGGGCUCUCAUGGUACUUCAAGUAGCUUCGACCGAUCACCUAUCAAGACUGUUCACGUCGACCCCAGUCAAACCAAGGACUUCUCCCAAAGCAGCUUCGACAGCUCUUCUUCCCAAUCCAAGGACACUCCCUCUACUUUCUCCCACAGCACCACUGAUGAUUUCCCCUCCAACACCCAACCCGCUCUUGGCAAGUCCAAGGAGAAUACUCCUAGCUUCUCCCACAGCGCAACUGGAAGUCUUCCCUCUUAUGGACAAGCUACCUUCAGCAAGCCUCAAGAUAUUACUCCCAGCUACAUGUCCAGCAAGGCCAAGGAAGCUACCUCCAGCUAUUCCUCUAGUCGUCCAGACGAUACGACCUCCAGCUUUGGUUCCAGCAUGAACAAGGACAUGUCUUCAGGCUUUUCCCUUGGCACCACCAACGACUUCUCGCCUUCCAGCAAGGCCACCUCCAACUUCCCUCCUAGCAGGGAUAAGGAUAUGCCUGACUAUGCUCAACACCGAAAGUCGCUCAACUACUCCAAGUUCCCUCACGUCAGCAACGACAACUCUGACAUGCAGUCUGGCUCCACCACUCUCUUUGGCAACCAGGCUCCCACUGGAAAGAAGCCUUCUAUUGACGAGACCAACUACUCUCUCCAGAACAGAACGGACAUGACUUCUGACUACCAGCACUUUGUUCCACGCGAGGCUCCCAACCGUGGAAUACUUGGAUCUCAGGCCGAUACUUCCAUGGGUAAGAUGCCUCUUGGUGAGCUGCUCGACGAGAAGAAGCAGGCUGGAGAUAAGGCCCCACCAAUCUCUGCUGGCGGUCUGAAUGCAAUGGAGUAG